AUGACAAAAAUGUUGAAAACAAGCCGUAUUCUCUCCGUUCUGCAAACAUCGAAGACACCAGUACCUGCCCUGUGCUGUCAGUCAUUUCGGUGCCAAACUAAUGCAGCAACUGCCCUUGCUCGGGAUGAUAAUGAAUGGCAGCAGGCAAAGCCAUUCGAAGAAAUUCCCCGGAUCAAUUCCUUUGAUUUGAUUCGGAAAAUGAUGUUACCCGGUGGCAAAUACAAAAACAAAGAUGUAGUACAACUAAUAAUGGCCAUGCGGGAAGAUUACGGAGAUAUAUUUAUAAUGCCAGCUAUGUUCGGAACACCCUCAAUACUAACCACCCACAAUCCAAAAGAUUUUGAGGUUGUCUUUCGAAAUGAGGGCGUCUGGCCAACUCGUGCCGGCAAUGCAACGCUUCUCUAUCAUCGAGAACAUUAUAGCAAGAACUUUUUUCAGGGCGUAGAAGGGCUUUUACCAACGCAGGGUAAGAAAUGGGGCGAUUUUCGAUCCAUUGUGAAUCCGGUAUUAAUGCAACCGAAAAAUGUGAGGCUAUACUACAAAAAAAUGUCACUAGUGAACCAAGACUUUGUGGAGUGUAUCAAGGCCAUACGUGAUCCGAAAACUUUGGAGGCUCCAGAUAAUUUCUUGGAUUAUAUUAACCGAUGGACCCUGGAGUCAGUGUCUGUUGUAGCCUUGGACAAACAACUUGGAUUGCUAAGGAAAUCUGGAAACGAUGACCAAGCUAUGGUUCUCUUUAGAAGUCUAGAUGACUUUUUUGACUUAUCAGCUGACUUUGAGAUGAAACCGUCACUCUGGCGGUAUAUAAAUACACCCAAGCUGAAGAGAUUGAUGAAGGCAUUGGAUAACAUUCAAAAUACAACAUUGUCAUUUGUAGACGAGGCUGUCAAACGUUUGGAAGAGGAAACAAAGCAGGGUGUUGUUAAGUCAGAGAGUGAGCAAAGUGUUUUGGAAAAGUUGCUAAAAAUCGAUAAGAAAGUAGCCACAGUCAUGGCCAUGGAUAUGUUAAUGGCCGGUGUAGAUACUACUUCAAGUACAUUCACAGCAGCCUUGUUGACGUUGGCGAAAAAUCCGGAGGUGCAAGAAAAACUCCGUGAAGAGGUCAAACAAGUGCUGCCCCAUAAGGACUCCGAGUUCACAGAGGCCACCAUGAAGAAUGUGCCAUAUUUACGUGCUUGCAUCAAGGAAUCACAACGUGUUUACCCCUUGAUUGUUGGCAAUUUAAGAAGUACUGCAAAGGACUGUGUACUCAGUGGUUAUAGAGUGCCAGCUGAUAAUGUGGUUACUAUGAUUCCUUUAACUCAUCUCAUAAGUGAUAAAUAUUUCCCACGAGCAUCGGAGUUUCUACCUGAACGUUGGCUCCGUCCCGUCGAUGGGGAUGCGGCAAACUCCCUGAAAUUAACAUAUCCAUUCGUGUUCUUGCCCUUUGGUUUCGGGCCGCGCAUGUGCGUGGGCAAACGUAUUGUCGACAUGGAACUGGAGUUGGGUCUCGCUCGUUUGAUUCGCAACUUUAAAGUCGAAUUCAACCAUCCCACCGAUAAUGCAUUUCGAGCUUCACUUAUCAAUGUUCCAAACAUUCCGCUUAAGUUUAAAUUUACCGACUUAUCAGAUUAAAAAUAAAUAGCAA